AUGACGAAAUACAAACUGAACAAUACAGUGCGGUCUCCCUCCGAGGUGACACUUACUUCAUACCUCACUUCGGACAGCGCGAGCGUCAAGAAAGAUGACAAGGGCUACCAGAUAUCGGUUCUGGAUAACGACAAUUCAGACUCGGAGUCGAAUAGGAACUUGGAGACGCCGCGGUGUCAAUUGUGUCCUUCUUGCGAGCUGCCGGGGAAACUGGCGGCUUCGCUCGUAAAACACGAGUGCGAUAAGUUCGGACUGAACGAGCUGAAGGUCGAAGGUCUGAAUAACGUGUGCCUUUGCGAGAAGUUCAAUGGUGGUUGUAAGUUGUGCCCACGUCCGAGCCUGGCUACCACACUGAACCUGAACUUGGACGGAAAGGAACCAUGCUUGGCUUGCCACUCAGGUGCCUGCGGAACUCCAUACCCUAAUGGCAAUGGCGCUUACCCCUCAUCAUAUCCUGACAAAAAUUCACGAAGUUGGCGAGCGAACUUGGCACGAAGGGCGCGGUCAUGCUGCUCUGCCAAGACCUGGCUACGACGCCUGCCCAUCCUCAGUUGGCUGCCGAAGUACACGCUGAGAAACGGACUCUCCGACUUUAUAGCAGGUGUAACAGUGGGUCUCACAGUCAUACCACAAGCUAUAGCAUACGCCGGGGUAGCAGGUCUACCACCACAAUAUGGCCUCUACUCCUCGUUUAUGGCGUGCUUCGUGUACACCGUGUUCGGCUCCGUGAAGGACUCUGCGAUUGGCCCCACUGCCAUCGCUGCCAUCUUGACGCGAGAGAACCUUCACGGAUUGGGGCCGGAGUUCGCAGUCCUGUUGGCCUUUCUCUCCGGCUGUGUUGAGUUAAUCAUGGGAAUUCUACAACUCG